AUGUUAGUUAUUGAUCCCUUUGGAGUAUUGAGGCGUGGCAGAGGAUUUUUUAUGAAAAAAUUGGUUGGUUUAUGGAAAUUGAUAAGUGGGUUUUUCAGUCCACUGAUAACCGGCUGGUUAAAUGACCAACAUUUGAUAUGGAAGCUUUUGGUGCGAUUUGGGUGGGGGAUGUUUUGGUCUUUUUAUGUUUGUAUAAUUUUGUUUGCAUUGGUGCUUUUCUCCAUGGUGGCUCGUGGUUAUUUGAUCAGAAAUUUGGUGGAGAAUCCAGUGGAGAUGAAAGGAGAAUUGAAUUUUGAUUACACACAGAAUAGCCCUGUUGCAUUUGUACCAAUAAUGUCUUGUGGUGGUGUUGGUUGCGGUUUAACUUGUGAAGAAAAGAGUUUGGGGCCACGGGUUAUACCGCCUAAUCAUGAGUUGGAAGUUAAUGUUCUAUUAACAUUGCCAGAGUCUGGAUAUAAUAGAAUCUUGCGAUUUUUUUCAGAGCCGGGUCCAUUUGGUUUUUGCACUAAUUCAGCAGGGUUUUGGGUCUCACCGAAAGAACCAUUAGCAUUUUGGAAAUGCUCAUCAGAUUUCUCCAGGUGACCGCCAACAGAGUUUUGAAACUCUGAUCUAUGAACUGCUGUGCGAAGAUUUUUCGACACAGCUAGGAUUUUGAUCCAAUCAGACGAGUUACUCGAAGAGCAUUCCUUGGAUAGAACUGUAAAAGAAUUGAUUAAGGGAAACCAGACUCGCUCUUGGACAUGAUCCCUCAAACCUGUGCAGUGCAGCUUCAAAUGGGUGGGGGUAGUUUGGUUUGGGGUCAAGAGAGAGAGGCGUCAGUCACCACCGACGGCUCAGAAUCAUUUGCUACUUGAAUACUAUUGGGCCUUUAUUUAUUUAUUUAUUUUGAUGAGAAUGAUAUUGGGCUUUAAAUUAAUAUACGAAAUAGUUGCAUGUGUUUUCAAUGUGAAAUAGGUAUUAUUCCUUUUUUUUC